GCAGCGUGCGCCGCCGCCUGCCCCGACCCGCGCUGCCGCCGCCCGGCCCCGCACGCACCUCCCUCUCCCGGGUUGACCGGCCUGCAGCCUCCGCCCGAGACACAGCUCUGCACCCCUUCCCCCGCCCUCGCCGCCGCCACCACCGCACACACGCACGCGUCUCUCCGUCUUGUGAUUCUUCUCCCCUCCCGAGCCCUUCAGUGGGGGUGCGAGUUUGUCCCCCCCCCUCCUCAACCCACUGCCUUCUUUUCUUUCUCUCUCCUCCUCCCGCGCUCGCCGCGCUCCUCUCGUCUCUUCAUUUUAUUUAUUCAUAUUUAUUUGGCGUCCGGUCUCUUUCUGCCCCGCUCCCUCCCUCCCUCUGGAUCCCCGCUCUCUCCCCGGAGUGGCGCGUCGGGGGCUCCGCCGCUGGCCAGGCGUGAUGUUGCACGUGGAGAUGUUGACGCUGCUGUUUCUGGUGCUCUGGAUGUGUGUCUUCAGCCAGGACCCGGGCUCCAAAGUCGUCGCCGACCGCUACGCCGUCUACUGGAACAGCAGCAACCCCAGAUUCCAGAGGGGUGACUACCACAUUGAUGUCUGUAUCAAUGACUACCUGGAUGUUUUCUGCCCUCACUAUGAGGACUCUGUCCCAGAAGAUAAGACUGAGCGCUAUGUCCUCUACAUGGUAAACUUUGACGGCUACAGUGCCUGCGACCACACUUCCAAAGGGUUCAAGAGAUGGGAAUGUAACCGGCCUCACUCUCCAAAUGGACCACUGAAGUUUUCUGAGAAAUUCCAGCUCUUCACUCCCUUUUCUCUAGGAUUUGAAUUCAGGCCAGGCCGAGAGUAUUUCUACAUCUCCUCUGCAAUCCCAGACAAUGGAAGAAGGUCCUGCCUAAAGCUCAAAGUCUUUGUGAGACCAACAAAUAGCUGUAUGAAAACUAUAGGUGUUCAUGAUCGUGUUUUCGAUGUUAACGACAAAGUAGAAAAUUCAUUAGAACCAGCAGAUGACACAGUGCAUGAGCCAGCCGAGCCAUCCCGCGGUGAGAACGCGGCACAGACACCAAGGAUACCCAGCCGCCUUUUGGCAGUCCUACUGUUCCUCCUGGCGAUGCUUUUGACAUUAUAGCACAGUCUUCUCCCGUCGCCUGUCACAGAGAACAUAAGGGUCUUGGAACACCAGAGAUCCACCUAACUGCUCAUCCCAAGAAGGGACUUGUUAUUGGUUUUUGGCAGAUGUCAGACUUUUGUUUUCUUUCCUUCAGCCUGAUUUCUAAGCAACAACCUGGGGUUGUUGGGGGCUAAACCUAGUUGCUGCCUCUUUCACACCCCACCCCCACCCCACCCCUAGCCCUUGUCCUUGACUUCUCUCACCCCCUUACAAAUUAAAUGGACUCCAGAAUGAAAAUGCCAAAUUGUCGUAGUGACACCAGUGGAUCUUCGCCUCCUGUGCAUUCCCCUCUAGAGCUCAUCUCUGUAAGCUCAGGGUGUCGACAGAAUACAGGCAGGAAGUGUAGUGGGAGGUGCUGCCAGCAAUGACCAGGCCCAAGAGGGCGUCCCCCCCUCCUCUAAAAUACCUAUGCCUUCUCAUUCAGGGUGGUACGGUGACUGUGUGG